CAGACCUCAAUGCAUACAGAAGUAAUCUCAAUAUUUCGUUUAAGUUACAUGCGUGUUUGCUUGUGACUUACAAAGAGACAUCAUGCCGUACCUGCCUAAAUAACGUUUUCGGUAAUGCCGUAGCAAUAUUAAAACUGUAAGAAUAAGUUAUGUGUAGUGAUGUGAUAUGUCUGCGCGUUCAUGAUAAAGUACUGGCCCUUUGUAAAUGUAUUUCGGUGCCAGGUGCAUAAAAAGCAGCUGGCAAAAUGGGCAAGUUGUUGUCAAAGAUCUUUGGCAACAAGGAGAUGCGAAUUCUCAUGUUAGGAUUGGAUGCUGCUGGGAAAACUACAAUACUAUAUAAACUUAAAUUAGGACAGUCUGUAACAACUAUACCAACUGUAGGAUUCAAUGUAGAAACAGUUACCUAUAAAAAUGUUAAGUUCAAUGUUUGGGAUGUUGGUGGACAAGAUAAAAUACGUCCACUUUGGCGUCAUUAUUAUACUGGAACACAAGGACUUAUUUUUGUAGUAGAUUGUGCUGACAGAGAUCGAAUAGAUGAAGCACGCCAGGAGCUCCAUCGAAUUAUAAAUGAUAGAGAAAUGCGUGAUGCUAUUAUUUUAAUUUUUGCAAAUAAACAAGAUCUUCCAGAUGCAAUGAAACCACAUGAAAUACAAGAAAAAUUGGGUUUAACUAGGAUACGAGACAGGAAUUGGUAUGUUCAACCAUCAUGUGCCACAACUGGGGAUGGGCUUUACGAAGGCCUUACAUGGUUGACCAGUAAUCAUAAAUUAUGAACAAAUAUUUAUUUUUCAUCGAUUAGCCACAUACCAAGAAUGGGCCAUUCAGAAUGCAGGGCUCGAUAUAAAACGCUUUGGAGUAAGGAAGAAAUUGGUUACUUCAGUAAUAAGGUUCAAUCAGCGUUUCUUAAUAUUUAUACUCUAUGGAUCGUGAUAUUUCGUUUUAUGGAAACUAGCAAAAACAAAGAAACAUCAAGAACUGUAUUUAAUGUUGCAAUUUAAAAAAAAAAACGAACACGUACAUACUCUUAGAAAGUACUAGACUGUUUGUUUGCGGAUAACAAAUUUUAUUUAAUAGUAUACGGUCCAUAAAGUUAAAAAGAAAUUGGGAAACGCUGACUUAUACUAUUAGCCAAAGAAUUCUCAAUGC